UCUCUCUUCUUCUAUUUUUUUGUUUUUUUAAAAAUAAUUUCUAUAUAAAUAUACUUAUUUCGUAUCAAGAAUCAUAGAUCGUGAAUUCAUUGCUUCCUUUGGCUUUUUCUUUCCUCUAGACGACAUUAAAACCAGACCAGACCAAGAAAUACAUUUAAUUAACUUCUUUUUCCCCUUUUUUCAAAAAUUCUCUCUUUUUGAUCCUAUCUUCUCCUCCUCUUUAUUUUCACUUUGGGGUUUGUCUGUCUCUUCUAUUAUGAGUCUAAGCGUCUUACUUGCUGUUCAAUAGUUUUUUCUUAUUUUGUCUCUCUGUGAAUUUCUCUAUUCGAAAAGAACCGUGGUUUUCCUUUUCCUUUGUUUUGUUAGUGCUAGCCUGCUAGGUCAGGGAAAUAAAAAUUAUGGGAAGAACACCUUGUUGUGAUAAGAAAGGUUUGAAGAAAGGUCCAUGGACGCCUGAAGAAGAUGAGGUUCUUGUUGCCCAUAUCAAGAAAAAUGGCCAUGGAAGCUGGAGAACACUCCCUAAGGAAGCUGGUUUACUUCGCUGUGGAAAGAGCUGUAGACUGAGAUGGACGAACUAUCUACGACCAGACAUAAAGAGAGGUCCUUUCACUGCUGAGGAAGAGAAACUAGUUGUCCAGCUCCAUGCCAUUCUCGGCAACAGGUGGGCUGCAAUUGCAGCACAGCUCCCAGGAAGAACAGACAACGAGAUCAAGAACUUAUGGAACACUCAUUUGAAGAAACGUCUUUUAAAUAUGGGUCUUGAUCCCAAAACCCAUGAGCCAAUAACUUCAUUUGGGUUAGCCAAGCAAGCUCCAUCUUCUCCCACAACUCGACACAUGGCUCAAUGGGAGAGCGCUAGAGUUGAAGCUGAGGCAAGGCUUUCUAGAGAAUCAAUGCUCUUCUGCCCUUCUUCCUCUGGAGCAGGAGUAAAAACUGAUUGUGAUCACUUCUUACGCAUAUGGAACUCAGAGAUUGGUGAAGCUUUCAGGAAUCUUGCUCCUUUAGAUGAAUCAGCUACUAGUCAAAGCCCUUGCUCUCGGACAACAUCCUCUUCAUCUGCACUUCAGAAGAGCUCAACAAAGUCUUUUGGAGGGAAAGAGGUUACUGUGGCGAUUCAUGGUUCUGAUUCUUCCCCAUAUUCAAAUAAUCUAGAGGAUGACUCAACAGACUCUGCUCUUCAACUUCUGCUUGAUUUUCCAAUAAGUGAUGACGAUAUGAGCUUUUUGGAAGAGAACAUUGACAGCUACACACAGACUCCUGUUGGUGUUGUUCCCAUGGUUUCUAAAUUCUAAUCUUAUGAAAGCCUAGCUAAGAUAAAGUUUGAAACUUUGGCUCUUUUUGGUCUUCUGAUUUUUGGGGAUCAGAAGUAGGGAUAUAGUAUCUAUGUAAAUCAGCAUUAGUUCAGCAGAAAAUAACUCCUUGACUUGAGUCAUCGAUCUUCUCUGUGUGAUCGAUUUGAUGAUAAUGCUUGAGAAAAAUGAAACAAUGAACAAAUAUAUUU